AUGGAGGACAAACCCGGCUUCAUAAAGCGAGGCAGAGCAGGAGGGUGCCCCUCAAGGCUACAGAAGCAUGCACCGGCUUCUCUUGACAUUGAUAAGGUCCUAAGUGAGCGUCCCUCUAACCCUUUUGGUGAGGCUUCAAAGGCAAUUCCUUUACUGUCCCCAUUGAUCAUAUCCCCACAGCCAUUGUAUGCAGAGGUUAAGGUAGAAGCUCCGAUGUUAGAGAAUAACCGUAACGAUACUAGUGUCGGUAGGGAUAGGAGCUCAUUCUCCACGACAAGCCCCGGGUGGCAACAUCCAGCUUUGGCUUCAUUUCCUGAGCCAUCAGCUUUGUGUGGUUUCUUCCAAAAGCAAUGUGUUUUUGUGAACCAUGUCCAGUGA